GCACCCACUGGCAGGACUCCACCGACCCUCUCUACGGUAGAGCUCCCUUGCCGACUCUCCCUCCGGCCCCCUCGCUCGGCAGAAGCUACACCCCCCCACCCCCCCCCCCCCCCCCCCCCCCCCCCCCCCCCCCCCCCCCAACCCCCAGCGCCCCUCUCACGCGGACCUUCCGAGUUUUUCCGCUGCCUAGACCAGAGCUGAAUUGAUAUGGGGGCUUCUGCAAAUUGUUUCUAGGAUUGCAACCAUCAGAUAUCCAACGAAACAAUAGCGGAAAGACAUGCAGCAUAAUCUUCAACCAGGGCUGGCUGCGGAAACUGGUCUUGAGAUUCCUCGGAAUACAAGGAUGCAGGUGACAGGAAAGAACCCCAUUCCUCUUGGUGACUCUCAGUACUUUAAGUUACAGAGAAUGAGCAGCCAACAAGCAGUGCGCCCUGUGCAAACAACUACUACUAAAUUCCCAUUUGCUAAGCUGUUCCCUUUCAUUUUGCCACAACUCGAUAAAGAUAGAGCGAUGCAACUUGAGGCUCUAUAUGAAAAGCUAAAAAAAAAUGAGAUUGCCAGAGAUCAAUUUGUCCGGAUGAUGGGAGGUCUUGUCGGAAAUGAGAUGCUGAAAUUGGCAGCAGCAAAACUUAGUGCACAGCCAGGGGUUCACAGGUCGGAAAUCCAGGUCCAGAUAUCAAUACCGAAGGACCAUACUGGACGAGUAGUUGGAUUGCCAAUUGAACCUCAAACUGUGAAUCUGCUCCACCAGAAAAGUAGUGCUGAAGAAAAUAAGUCUAGUCACUUAUCAAAAGAAAGCGAAGAAAAUAAGUCUAGUCCAUCUUUAUCAGUACCGGUGCACCCCUAUAAGGAGAGAAAUGCUCCAAUUACUCGAGAUACAGGGCGUUCUGUCAGUAUUCAGCUGAGCUCGCAGAUGACAUCCUCACCAGCUGCAAUGAAUGGAAGCUCACUUACAAAAAAGCCUUAUUUUGGCCAGAAUAAGCCACUUGAGAUGCCUGAUACUUCUCUUCAACCUUUGAGUAAGAAGCAGAAAAUAUCCGGGCCCAUUGAGGAUCUAAGCAUCGAAGAGCUCAAUGAUGUCACUGCCGUUAGUGGGGUAAAUCUUAGGGAAGAAGCAGAACAGCUGCUUCCCAGGCCUAGAGAAGACUCUCAAGUGUCAGAGGGAUCCCUCAGGGCGGUAAGGGAAGAGAAGGAAAAGCUACUUUUGGAGAAGGUUCCCCUUCAGAAAAAGUUGGCAGAGAUCAUGGCCAAAUGUGGUAUGAAGAAUGUUAGCAAGGAUGUGGAACGGUGUUUAUCACUAAGUGUGGAGGAAAGGAUGCGAGAAUUUCUAUGCAAUUUAAUCAGAUAUUCAAAGCAGAGGGUUGAUGUCGAGAAGCACAACCGCAAAAUAGUCAUCACUUCCGAUAUACACCAGCACCUGAUGAUAUUGAAUCGUCGGGCCAAGGAGGAACUCGAGAAGAAAGAGGCUGAGGCUGAAAAACAACGGAAACUUAGCGAGCCAGAGAGCAAUUCUGGGCUGGAUGGUAAAAAAGAGAAGGAUGAAAGUCGAGGGAAAUCCCGUAAGGUGAAUAAACAAGAAGAUGAUAAGAUGAGGACAACAGCUGCAAAUUUUGCUGCCCGAGCUGCUGUUGGAGGAGAUGACCUCCUGUCAAAGUGGCAACUCAUGGCUGAACAGGCCCAGCAGAGGCGUGAAGGAGUAUCGCAGUUCAGCGGCAAGUCUAGCUUGACUUUUGGGCGAAUCACAGCGGACAGUCGAGGCUCUGAAAGAGGACAUGCAUCUCUCAUUGCUUCAGGAGCUGUGAGGAAACAAGGGAAGAACCAGACUGCAGCCCCUCAACAAGGGGUAUCUCGUUCUAUCUCGAUCAAGGACGUGAUUUCAGUCCUCGAGCGGGAACCUCAGAUGUCAAAGUCGACUCUGAUGUACAAACUGUAUAACAGAACUCCUUCCAAUCCAGCGAGGGAUAGCUGAACUGUGAUUGAUCUAAAUUCAUGUCCUUUUUCUGCUUGCGGGAAAUGGGCAAUGCAAACAUUUUUGGUAGUAUAUAAGGUGUAAAUACGAGGCUUCUCUGCCGAAGUUUUGAUUUGCACUGCUGCUUCUUUUCCUCAGGAGAAACAGUGUCUAGUAGCAUUUUUGUGCUUUCUACAUUGGCAAAUUCAGUGUAUGACUAGUCUUCUUUUUAGCCCGUUGGGGUGGCCUUCUCUUUUUACAUAUUCAGGUUAACAUUUUGUAAAGGGAAUAAAUAUAUUUAUAAAUUUAAAGGGAAUGACGACUAGUAAUUUAUUUGUUGA